AUGGAUAUAUCGUCAUCCCACGCUAACGCCCCGACCGGAUCGAAAGCCGGCCCUGCAAAACGCAAUCGAGUCCCGCUUUCCUGUGCUUCCUGCCGGGUGCGCAAACUACGAUGUGAUCGUCAUCAGCCCUGUCACAAUUGUGUGAUGCGAGGAUCCAGUAAUCUUUGUCUGUAUGCCGCUCGUCCCCGUCGACGACAGAAAGUGACUAGCUCGGCACCACAGUCCGAGAGCAGGGCCACCAGUCCUCUGGCGACAUUGAGCAUCCAAGAUGACUUACACAAGGAUAGUAGCAAUCAUUCCCAGCGGACUGCUCCAGGAUUGAAUGACGAGCUGCUAGCGGUCAUGCCAUCACGCUCCGCAGCGGAUAGACUGAUAUCAGCAUUCUUUGCUCCACAUUCUAUCGUUGGUCCAAUAAGACAUUCGAUUCAUUAUCCGACCUUCAUGAAACAGUACGAAGAAUACUGGGAGAACUCAUCAUCCGCUACGUUAACAUGGGUAGCUCUGCUCUAUUCGAUAUUCAGCGUGGCGAUGAAAUUUCUUCCCGAAGCAAAAGACAACUCGGGGAUGUCUGAGGCGCUCGGUAAGCUUUACCAUAACAAGUCUGGCCAGUGUCUGGAGCGCAUAAAAACAAACCAGACUACUCUGCAAACGCUCCAAGCAAUGAUCGCACACGGCAUCUUUGGGUUUUCUCAUCAUGAAGAAUGGGGAGCUGGACUAAUUACGCACAUCGGCUCGAUCGUGCGACUGGCGAUGAGGCUGGGAUUGCACCGGGAUCCGUCCCAUUUCUCCAAUCUGUCGCCCUUUGAGGGAGAGAUGCGCCGGAGGAUCUGGAGCACAAUCGACCAGAUUGACUGCCUGUCGUCCUUUCAUCUUGGCAUUCCAACGGCCGUCCGGUCAGAGGACUCUGAUACAGAGCCGCCGCGCAACCUCCUCGAUAGCGACAUGAAAGAAGGCAUGUCCGAAUUGCCACCUUCAAGACCCUUUUCGGCAAGUGUCCCAAUCGGGUAUUUACUAGCCAAGCUUAAACUUUCUCGAGCGAUGAGACGGGUCGUCGAAUUCCUGAAUUCCGUACAGCGGCAGCCUUACGAGAGGGUCCUACAACUCGACAGUGACCUAAUGGAGGCUCAUCGGUCGAUUCCUCCCCAUUUGCAGCUGAAUAACUGGCACAAUGCGCCAAACGAAUCUGCAUAUGUUAUGGUGCAGAAAGUCCAGUUAGACACGCUUUAUCACCAAGCAGUCACUGCACUGCAUCGGAAGUAUCUCCAAGAGGCCCGGAAAGACCCCACGUUUGCCCUUUCUCAGCAAAGAAGCAUUGAUUCGUCCAUGACGCUACUCCGACACCAGGCUACCAUAUACAGGGAGGCCCAGCCGGGAGGGUGUUUUAGCGACUUCCAUGGGUACAGAAUCACUCCUGACAGUGCGAACUUUAGCCUGGCUGCGAUGGUACUGUGCUUAUAUCUGCAGUACUGGACGCCAACAGACCAGGGCGCUCCUUCGCAGACAGAUGCCCGUGUUCAGGAGAUAUUCCAGGCGCUCGUCACUUCGCGCCAGAUUUGGAACAACCUGGCUGGCGAGAACAGUGAAGCAGGCAAGGUUGGACUCGUGCUUGACACAAUGCUGGAGCUGUUACGGCCGAAACUUGGCUUUCCAGAUCGACUUGCACCGGCCGUUGACGUGGCAGUCUCAGUGGAUGGCGAAAGGGGCCUUCGUCAAGAUCCCCGGCAGAGUGGUCAGUCUGCGCCUAAUCCUGAUGUACAUCUUGAUACAUACGAAGAUGGCGCAAAUGACUCCAACAUGGAUAUGGUUGACCUUGAUUGGGAUGCUUGGGAUUCAUUUGUACUGGCAGGCGAUUUUGAGACUGCGUAUGAGAGCCUUCUUCUCGGCCAGGACUUAGCAUUCCCAAUCGACGAGCUUGACCCGAGUACUUCGACCGGCUAA